GGUGAUCCCAAUUACAAGUCUCCAAAAAGCCAGGAUGUUUGCACGGCCAUUGUCAAGGCUGGAGGGAACCCAGAAGUUGUCCAGUGGGCAUACAACGAGCAGGGUUUUCCAUUGGACUGCAAAGACAAGUUGCGACAUGCUGCUGGAGGUGGACAUUUGGAUUUGUUGAAAUGGGCCCACAAAAAAGAGCUUCCCUGGGAUGAAAAAGCAUGCUGUGCUGCUGCCAAAAAUGGUUAUUUGGAGACUCUCAUUUGGCUCCGUCAACAUGGUUGUCCAUGGGAUCAAGGCACAUGCCACAUGGCUGCUCAGAGUGGCCAUUUUCAGGUUGUGAAUUGGGCCCAUGAGCAUGGAUGCCCUUGGGAUGCCAAGACAUGUUGGCUUGCUGUUGUCAGUGGUCAUUUUGAGAUUCUGAAGUGGGCACGCACCAAAGGAUGUCCCUGGGAUUGGCGGACCGCAGAUGCUAUUGCCAAAAAGGGUUGUUUGGAAACACUAAAAUGGGCACAUGAGAAUGGAUGCCCAUGGACUGCUGCCACUUGCACUGCUGCUGCAGUUGGAGGCCAUUUUUGA